AUAAAAAAUAAAAAUAAUAUCAACCUUUUAAAAGGAAGAGGAUGAGGCACAAAAUAUAAUUUAAAGAGUUUAACUACUCUAGAAGCUAAGGUGAAAGCAUCAUUUGAGGUCAGAAGUUUGAGAACAGCCUGGGCAACACACUGUGAGCUCCACAACAAAAAUUAGCCGGGUGCGGUGGUGCAGGUCUGUGGUCCCUGUCACUCCGGACGCUGAAGCAGGAGGAUGGCUUGAGUCCAGGAGGUCAAGGCUGCAUUGAGCUGUGACCGCACCACCACACUCUAGCCUGGGCGACAGAGCGAGGCCCUGUCUGAAAAUAAAUAAAUAAAUGAUCCAAAAGGUGGGGACAGGGUGUGGGCUGAUGUAAAGUCGUCAAGAAUUCUCUUUGGUUUAUAGAAAUACCACUGAUUAGUGAUGGGCCGUGUACUGGUGCGGGUACAGGGUCCGGGCAGCGUUAUUUGGCUAAUUCCCAGCUAUCUACGCAGUAGCCGGCAGUUUCCAGAGGCGACCCUCCGGUACUGUCUCUGGGGUCUGAUCGUCAGAGACCACUCGCCUUCUGUUUUCUCAUUAGGCGGGAGGACCCUCUGGGGCUGCCUGCAGGAGGCCUCCACUCUGAUCCUCGCCCGAGUCCCUCCAGCAAGGGCGGAUGCACACUGGGGGACUUCUAAUUUCAUCCUUCACAUCUUCAGCGACCACCUAGGGCAAGCAAGGGCCUGCCCUCGCCCCUGCCUCCCUCCUCCCCUCCCCACCGCGGCUCCGUCACCAUCGGCGCGGGCGACCGGGGCUGGGGCUCCCCCUCCAGCUGGCUCCUGCCCUCGGCCCCCGGGCGCCUCCCUCGCCCCGAUUCCCGGGCCCUGAGUCCCGGGGUGGCCAUUCGCCUCCCAAGCACUCGGCGCUCAGCCCAACGGGGCUGGCUUUGCAGUCCCGUGGACAGAACGCCACCCUCGGGGUCACUGCAAUUCUCUCGCGCGGGCGGCGCCACGACCCGCCGGGAGUGCGGUUCCCAGCAGCCCCCGCGCGCCCGGGCCUCGGCGGUUGCCGUCGCUCGUCACGUGGUCCAGUCGUGUGUCACGUGGCUGCCAUCGCCUGUCACGUGGCCGCCGGCGCGGGUCACGAGAACAAACACGGGGACGGCCGGCGCUUCCCGGCCGGUGUCGGUCCGCGGCUGGCCAUGGCCAACGUCUCUAAGAAGGUGUCGUGGUCCGGCCGGGACCGGGACGACGAGGAGGCGGCGCCGCUGCUGCGGAGGACGGCGCGGCCCGGCGGGGGGACGCCGCUGCUGAACGGGGCUGGGCCCGGGGCCGCGCGCCAGUCACCACAUGCUGCACUUUUCCGAAUUGGACAGAUGAGCAAUGUGGAGCUGGAUGACGAGCUUUUGGACCCGGAUAUGGAUCCUCCGCAUCCCUUCCCCAAGGAGAUCCCACACAACGAGAAGCUCCUGUCCCUCAAGUAUGAGAGCUUGGACUAUGACAACAGUGAGAACCAGCUGUUCCUGGAGGAGGAGCGGCGGAUCAACCACACGGCCUUCCGGACGGUGGAGAUCAAGCGCUGGGUCAUCUGCGCCCUCAUCGGCAUCCUCACGGGCCUCGUGGCCUGCUUCAUCGACAUCGUGGUGGAGAACCUGGCCGGCCUCAAGUACAGGGUCAUCAAGGGCAAUAUCGACAAGUUCACAGAGAAGGGCGGGCUGUCCUUCUCCCUGCUGCUGUGGGCGACGCUGAACGCUGCCUUCGUGCUGGUGGGCUCCGUCAUCGUGGCUUUCAUAGAGCCGGUGGCUGCUGGCAGUGGAAUCCCCCAGAUCAAGUGCUUCCUCAACGGGGUGAAGAUCCCCCAUGUGGUGCGGCUCAAGACGUUGGUGAUCAAAGUGUCCGGUGUGAUCCUGUCGGUGGUCGGGGGCCUGGCCGUGGGAAAGGAGGGGCCAAUGAUCCACUCCGGCUCAGUGAUCGCCGCCGGGAUCUCUCAGGGAAGGUCAACGUCACUGAAACGAGAUUUCAAGAUCUUCGAGUACUUCCGCAGAGACACGGAGAAGCGGGACUUCGUCUCCGCAGGGGCCGCGGCCGGAGUGUCGGCGGCGUUUGGAGCCCCCGUGGGUGGGGUCCUGUUCAGCCUGGAGGAGGGCGCAUCCUUCUGGAACCAGUUCCUGACCUGGAGGAUCUUCUUUGCUUCCAUGAUCUCCACGUUCACUCUGAAUUUUGUUCUGAGCAUUUACCACGGGAACAUGUGGGACCUGUCCAGCCCGGGCCUCAUCAACUUCGGAAGGUUUGACUCGGAGAAAAUGGCCUACACGAUCCAUGAGAUCCCAGUCUUCAUCGCCAUGGGUGUGGUGGGCGGUGUGCUCGGAGCUGUGUUCAACGCCUUGAACUACUGGCUGACCAUGUUUCGAAUCAGGUACAUCCACCGGCCCUGCCUGCAGGUGGUCGAGGCCAUGCUGGUGGCCGCCGUCACGGCCACGGUCGCCUUCGUGCUGAUCUACUCGUCGCGGGACUGCCAGCCCCUGCAGGGGGGCUCCAUGUCCUACCCGCUGCAGCUCUUCUGUGCAGAUGGCGAGUACAACUCCAUGGCCGCGGCCUUCUUCAACACCCCGGAGAAGAGCGUGGUGAGCCUCUUCCACGACCCGCCAGGCUCCUACAACCCCCUGACCCUCGGCCUGUUCACACUGGUCUACUUCUUCCUGGCCUGCUGGACCUACGGGCUCACCGUGUCCGCUGGCGUCUUCAUCCCAUCCCUGCUCAUCGGGGCUGCCUGGGGCCGGCUCUUUGGGAUCUCCCUGUCCUACCUCACGGGGGCGGCGAUCUGGGCGGACCCCGGCAAAUACGCCCUGAUGGGAGCUGCGGCCCAGCUGGGCGGGAUCGUGCGGAUGACCCUGAGCCUGACGGUCAUCAUGAUGGAGGCCACCAGCAACGUGACCUACGGCUUCCCCAUCAUGCUGGUGCUCAUGACCGCCAAGAUCGUGGGCGACGUCUUCAUUGAGGGCCUGUACGACAUGCACAUUCAGUUGCAGAGUGUGCCCUUCCUGCACUGGGAGGCCCCGGUCACCUCACACUCGCUCACUGCCAGGGAGGUGAUGAGCACACCAGUGACCUGCCUGAGGCGGCGUGAGAAGGUCGGCGUCAUUGUGGACGUGCUGAGCGACACGGCGUCCAAUCACAAUGGCUUCCCCGUGGUGGAGCAUGCCGAUGACACCCAGCCUGCCCGGCUCCAGGGCCUGAUCCUGCGCUCCCAGCUCAUCGUCCUCCUGAAGCACAAGGUGUUUGUGGAGCGGUCCGCCAUGGGCCUGGUGCAGCGGCGCCUGAGGCUGAAGGACUUCCGCGACGCCUACCCGCGCUUCCCGCCCAUUCAGUCCAUCCACGUGUCCCAGGACGAGCGGGAGUGCACCAUGGACCUCUCUGAGUUCAUGAACCCCUCCCCCUACACAGUGCCCCAGGAGGCAUCGCUCCCCCGGGUGUUCAAGCUGUUCCGGGCCCUGGGCCUGCGGCACCUGGUGGUGGUGGACAACCGCAAUCAGGUUGUCGGGUUGGUGACCAGGAAGGACCUCGCCAGGUACCGCCUGGGGAAGGGAGGCUUGGAGGAGCUCUCGCUGGCCCAGACGUGAGACCCAGCCCUGCCCAUGGUGGGCACCAGUGCUGGCACCCCGGCCCCUCCGCACUUCCUCCCGGAGUCACUGGUCUCUCGGGCCAAACCAUGCUCCCCAGCAGUGGCGAUGGCGAGCAUCCUGCAGCUGGGCGGGCAGGCGGCGGGCACAGAACUGAGCCUCUCACGGGACUGACCCUGUGUGGGCAGUGGUCUCCUCCCUUGGCACCUCAUUGUGCGCGCCCAGUCUCCGCUCUCCUCGUCUGGGUUUCUUUAUCUCCAGGGAUCAGCUGCGUGUGUGACCGCCCCACUGGGCUGUCAGCCUCUUGGGAGCCAGCGGCAGGGCCGGCACCUGCGUGCCUGUGCCCGCGUGUGUGAGACAGAGCCCUCGACCCUGCUGCUGCCCCGAGGGCUGUCUGCCCUGGAAGGGUCCCUCUGCCUCCACACCUGUGGAGUCUUCGAGACUUGGGAGCUGGCCUGGCCCCUCAGCCACAGGCUUGGGCUCAUUUUCAGCCGUGAGCAGACAGCCUGUGGUCCCUGGGCCUGAGCCAUGGACUCGUAGGGCCAGGGUUUGGAGGCUGGGACCGCCCCGAGAGCAAUCUCGCAGUGGCGCCACAGAGGAGCCCGGUGCACUCCCCAGCCUGCGUCCGGCUUGGGUACACAGGCCCAGAUGACUGGGGUGACGGGCCCCGUGCUGUGGUGUGGAGAGCUGAGAGGAACCACCAAGGCCCUGAGCCCCACGCCUAGCCCUGCUUUGGUCCCUGAGCCUCAGAGCAGUGGAGUUGCCGCCCUGUGGACACUGGCUGGGAAGGCAGUCUUCCCCUAGCACGUGGGGAGCCCGGCCUCGGGGGUGGCCUCCCUACCCCACCCCUGCCGGCCACCAAGUGCAAGUGCAGCAGGGGCCUCAGAGGACACCUGGCCCAGCACGGGGCUAGAAGGGUCGGUGGGCACCAGAGCCGAGAAGCCCCCACCUGCCCUUCUGUGGGCCCCUCGGAGGCUCCUCCAGCCAGCCUGGCUGGACCCCCUCUCACACGGCAACUUCCGUGUUCCUGUUAGAGCCACAUGGGCCCCUCCAUGGGGGUCUGGGGGCGGCUCCCUGCUGUGUUUUUCCUCCCCAGGGAGUGGGGCCUGCCCAGGAGCUGAUGCCACACCCCCUGCUUAGCCCUCACGGGCCCCCAAGGCGUCCGAGUGCGCAAAAUAAAGAAAUCCUCUUAGCCCGC